GCCCAGGUAGGGACCAUGUCCCCCGCCAUUGCGCUGGCCUUCCUGCCACUGGUGGUGACAUUGCUGGUGAGGUACCGGCACUACUUCCGACUACUGGUACGCACGGUCUUACUCCGGAGCCUCCGAGACUGCCUGUCAGGGAUGCGGAUUGAGGAGCGGGCCUUCAGCUAUGUGCUCACCCACGCCCUGCCUGGGGACCCUGGUCAUAUCCUCGCCACCCUGGACCACUGGAGCAGCCACUGCGAGUACCUGAGCCACAUGGGGCCUGUCAAAGGUCAGAUCCUGAUGCGGCUGGUGGAGGAGAAAGCCCCUGCUUGUGCACUGGAGCUGGGCACCUACUGUGGGUACUCCACACUGCUUAUUGCCCGUGCCCUGCCCCCUGGGGGUCGCCUUCUCACUGUGGAGCGGGAUCCACGCACAGCAGCAGUGGCUGAAAAACUCAUCCGCCUGGCUGGCUUCGACGAGCGCACGGUGGAGCUCAUCGUGGGUAGAUCAGAGGAGGUGAUCCCGCGCCUAAGAACCCAGUACCAGAUGAAUCGGGCUGACCUGGUGCUCCUGGCACACAGGCCCCGAUGUUACUUGCGGGACCUGCAACUGCUGGAGGCCCAUGCCCUGCUGCCAGCUGGUGCCACAGUGUUAGCUGACCACGUGCUCUUCCCUGGUGCACCCCGCUUCCUGCAGUACGCCAAGAGCUGUGGCCGCUACCGCUGCCGCCUCCACCACACUGGCCUUCCUGACUUCCCUGCCAUCAAGGACGGCAUAGCCCAGCUCACCUACACAGGGCCUGGCUGAGGUCCAGGCCCAGGGGUACUUACUGCUGCCUCCCCCCACCCCCCAACCAAGCAAGGACCUCAGAAUAUCCCCUCCCCUCCCUGCUUGUGG